GAACAUCAUGACAACAGAGAAGAGUUUAGUGGUUGAAGCUGAGAAUUCUCAGCAUCAGCAACAGAAGGAAGAAGGUGAGGGAGCCACAAACUCAGGCCAGCAGGAAACUCAGCUAGAAGAGGCUUCCCAACCAGCAGCUGAGGGCGGCAAUCAGUGUGAGCAGAGGCUGAAAGCGCCCAGUGGGGACACUCCGACACAUGAAGACUUGACCAAGAACAAGGAACGGACGUCAGAAAGCAGAGGCCUGUCGAGACUGCUCUCCUCAUUCCUCAAAAGGCCCAAGUCUCAGGUUUCUGAAGAAGAAGGCAGAGAAGCAGAGUCAGAUAAAGAAAAAGGUGAAGGAGGUCAAAAGGAGAUAGAGUUUGGAACCAGCCUUGAUGAAGACGUCAUUUUAAAGGCCCUUAUUGCAGCUCCUGAACCUGAACUCAAAACAGACCCGUCUUUGGAUCUUCAUUCACUAAGCAGUAUAGAAACGCAGCCAGCUCAGGAAGAACACAGAGAGGAUCCGGAGUCUGAAACGAAGGAAGGGGAAGGGAUUGAAGAGUGCUCCAGGGCAGGAGUGAAGGAGGACCCCGAGUCAAAGGCGGAGAGAGAGCCUGAGGCUUCGCAGAAGCCCAUCAGGAGACACAGAGACAUGCACUGCAAGGUCUCCUUGUUGGAUGACACAAUUUAUGAAUGUGUGGUGGAGAAACAUGCUAAGGGACAGGAUUUGCUUAAGCGAGUUUGUGAGCACCUCAAUCUGUUGGAAGAAGACUACUUUGGUUUAGCUCUUUGGGAUAGUGCAACCUCUAAGACAUGGCUGGACUCUGCCAAAGAAAUAAAAAAACAGGUUCGAGGUGUUCCUUGGAAUUUUACAUUUAAUGUGAAGUUUUAUCCACCUGACCCAGCACAGUUAACUGAAGACAUAACAAGAUACUAUUUAUGUCUUCAGCUUCGGCAGGACAUCGUUGCUGGACGGCUACCCUGUUCCUUUGCAACCUUAGCCCUACUCGGCUCUUACACCAUCCAGUCUGAACUGGGAGACUAUGACCCAGAACUGCAUGGCGUGGAUUAUGUCAGUGAUUUUAAACUGGCUCCAAAUCAGACCAAGGAACUUGAAGAGAAGGUCAUGGAAUUGCAUAAAUCAUACAGGUCCAUGACUCCAGCUCAGGCUGACUUGGAAUUUCUUGAGAAUGCCAAAAAGUUGUCCAUGUAUGGAGUUGAUCUUCACAAAGCAAAGGAUUUGGAGGGAGUGGAUAUCAUCCUGGGAGUCUGCUCUAGUGGCCUUUUGGUUUACAAAGAUAAAUUGAGAAUUAACCGUUUUCCUUGGCCCAAAGUGCUAAAGAUUUCUUACAAGCGUAGCAGCUUCUUCAUCAAGAUCCGACCUGGAGAGCAAGAACAAUAUGAAAGUACCAUUGGUUUCAAGCUUCCCAGUUAUCGAGCAGCUAAGAAACUAUGGAAAGUCUGUGUGGAGCAUCACACAUUUUUCAGACUAACUUCUACAGACACCAUUCCCAAAAGUAAAUUUCUUGCCCUGGGAUCGAAAUUUCGAUACAGUGGCCGGACUCAAGCACAGACCAGGCAAGCCAGUGCUCUGAUUGACAGACCUGCUCCGCACUUUGAGCGGACAGCAAGCAAACGGGCAUCCAGGAGCCUUGAUGGAGCAGCAGCUGCCGAGUCCACAGACCGAAGUCCUCGGCCCACCUCUGCACCAGCCAUUGCUCAGAGUCAGGUCACAGAAGCGCCAGGGGCACCCGUCAAAAAAACACAGAAGGAAGCUUCGAAGGUUGAAGUGAAAGGGGAAGAGGAGCCACCUGAGCCAGCUGAGCCAGAGCCCACAGAAGCAUGGAAGGUCGAAAAAACCCACAUCGAGGUCACAGUACCUACCUCAAACGGUGACCAAACACAGAAGCCUGCAGAAAAAACUGAAGAUCUGAUAAGAAUGAGGAAGAAAAAGAGAGAGAGACUAGAUGGUGAAAACAUUUAUAUCAGACAUAGCAAUUUAAUGUUGGAGGAUUUAGACAAGAGUCAAGAAGAAAUCAAAAAGCAUCAUGCCAGCAUCAGUGAACUGAAAAAAAACUUUAUGGAAUCGGUACCCGAGCCACGUCCUAGCGAGUGGGACAAGCGCUUAUCCACACACUCACCCUUCCGAAGUCUUAACAUCAAUGGGCAAGUCCCUACUGGAGAUGGAGUGAAGAAAACUUCCACUCUCCCCUCGGAAAGAAAGGUUGGUGGGCCAGAGACACAGGAACGUGCUCUGUUAGUACAGGGUGAAGAGAAAAUUAAAAGGCCAGAGAGACCCACUGAGAGAACCUUGCCCCAGCAAGAAAAUGAAGAGAUUCCUCCCAAGGUUUCUAUUCCAAUCCCCGAGGAACACAAGGCUCUCAAAAAGUGCCACCUCUACUCUAGUACUUUCCCGUCUCCUCGUAUUCCUUUCAUGAUGUCUUUUCUCCUGGUCCUUGCACUGGCUGUUUGGUGGUUGAUCUUUCUGUGAUUGGAAAGCAGGGUACUCAUCUGACAUGUCAAGACUAAAACCAUUGAACUCUUGUCUAUGGCUUCAAAUGUGUAAUUACCUAUAUCAUGCCUCUGGUCUUGAUAGUUCACUGUUAUAGGGACCUUUUGUGGUCAUGCUUCCUGUCAAUAAUCAAUGGAUCUUUGGAGAGUAUACAUUGUGAGGAAAAAGGAGUAGCAAUGGAUUGUCCAAGCCAGUGCUCCUGACGUCAAGUCAGCACAUUUAGGCAAAUCAGAUUGAGCCGCAUGGCAGGUGGUACUCACCCAAAAGCUACCCUGCAUGCUCUUACUGUUGACCGUUGCUGUGUCCUCUUGUCAGAGGCAGGGACACUCUGAAAACUUUGAUGGACUAUUUUCCCAGUCUUCUAUAGCCAUUUAUGUGGCAUGGGCUCCAUAGUUUAAGAAGAAAUUCAACUUCCCAACCUUUCAAAAGCCUUAAAAUGAUAAUUUUAAUCAAAAAAUCCAUAACCACUCCUUUUCUUAGAGUAUCGAAUCAGUACAUUCUGGAAGGGGCUGUGACACCUGUGGCCUUUUUGUCAGUGUUUAUGAGCUGCACAGGAUAGACCACUGUAUCCUACCUGGGGUGUAGAAGAAACACUUAGAGCUUAAAAUGCUGUCUUUUCAUACAUAGAGUUGAUGUAGUUUAGGGAAAUGGUGCUUGUGUCCCUUGGCCUCUAACCAGGGCUGAAAAUUUCAGACUACCUACCUUUAAAAGUCCCGGAAUACAGAUUAACUCAAGAUCUGUAUGUAAACACACUUUUCUCUAAAUUAAAAUACUAUUAUUUCCUUAUAGCUUAAGUAGUUAUUGCUAGAAGCAGUAUUUAGCUGUUAUAAGCUUAAAAUAUACUUUGUUUCCUUGUACUCAGACCUGUUCUCACACUUGUGUUGAAAUCAGUUGUCUCUCAUCAGUAGCCUUGUGAGCUAAGCUUCUAUUGUGACACAUAUCCGGUUUGCAUGUGGAUGAUGCGGCCCCCUGAAGUAACGGUGAGCACGCCCUCCUCAGAGCACCACUUGGAUGCCGAAACAGUGGUUUUCCACCUUACUAUUAACUUGCAUGAUGUUGCUUGCUUUCUGUGGCAUUUGGACACAUCAAUCUGGACAAAUUGUUAACUUCUCAAACUCGGACUCAGAGUCACUAGGGCUGUCUCAUUGAGACUAUAUUUUGUGUUACUUUUUAGUGCUUAGUCAAUGAAAUUUCUAAAGAUGGCUUUUGCCUAUGAAAUGAUGGAAUGGGAGGGAGAAAGAGAAAACGAAACAGUAAGACCAAGAUUCUUGUUGUUCUUCAGUGUUCACUAGUAUUGAGCUAUUGUCUUGACAGACAUGAUUAUCUGAUAUUUACUGAAAACUGCUGUGGUACUCUGUCGUUAUUGGAGUUUAAAAAAAAACUGAAAAAAGAAAGAACCAAGGACCAGGCUAUAUUUAAAAAAAAAAAAAAACAAAAAACCUGGAUGUAUAUGGUUUGUGUCACAAGUUAUGUCUGUUUAUAGCAAAUAUUUUGUAAAUAAGCAUAUUUAUUGAUUCACUUGUAAGAAAAGAGGGAUUGCAAAGCCACCUGAAGUACUGCAAAGCUGCUUUUCAAGGCAGAAUGUGAUCAUCAUAAGUAUACCCCUUUAUCUGUGAAACAGAUGUAAGAUUUCCUUAAUGAACUAACAAAUGAAACUAGCAUUGGUUAUGUUAUUGUAAGUCUUUUUUUUAGGAAUUAAAAGGAAAAUAAUCUUAAAAUUUUAUCAGCACUUUUGUAACUUUCAAAUUAUAUUUCCUAAAAUUCCAGUUUUCAUCAUUGUACACAACUUUUUAUUAAUUAUUGUAAGCAUCACCCUGAAUUUUGUUUCCUUUUAUAUUGGAAUUAUUUCAAAUCCAUUAAAAGUUUAGUGUGAGCUAAUGAUGCUGUUUUGUGUUCUGAAGUGUAGCAAGGACGCUCAGAGAUCUUUGCUAACAAAGAAGCCAUUUCUUAUUAGUAAAGCUGCUAAGAGGAGGAUGCCAGGUCCUUGUAUUGAACAACACUGACCAACAUGGCUCAAAAAAUAGAUCUGUCAUGGUUAUCAGAGGACAAGCAUUGGCUGUUCCAGCCCUGUAUGAUCUCAGGUUAAUACUGUCAAUAUCUGUAACAUGAAGCUGCAAAUAUCAUCACUUUCUUUCCCCUGUUCUCAGUACCAUGGGCUUUCGAGUUUCUGGGUAUCUCUUUACCCUGGGUCAGCUUCUUAGUGUCAGAUCCAUAAGUAAUUUGUACUAAGGAUGUCUAUACAGACCUGUGUUAAGUCUUGGAUUUGUGCCUUGUUUUCCCAUGGGUCAUUUCCAGAAAGUCACUUAACUAUUUGGUGUCCAUGUUUCUGGCUAGUACCUUACAGACAGAUCUACCUCAUGGAACCUGUGGCAUGUUUCAGGGAGUGAUGAUGGUUCUGUCCCCAGUCUUUGAGGGGCUAGGAAGAUAAAAUUCAAAGAAAAGGCAGACACACGUAAACCUCUUGAGAUUCUUAUUUCUGGAAGUAAGCAAACAGCCAUGUUUAUUUCUGGCUGCUUCUGGUUGAUAUAUGACAAAGCACUUAAAACUAGUGAAGUUAAAAAAUGCCUUUCCAAAUUUAUCCAUCUCUUAAUAAAUUCAGAUGGUAUUCUUCAAAGUAGAGUGUACUUGGGAAUAAGCCCAGCUUCUAUAUUUUAGACCCUUUUUUAUUUUAAGCUGUUUGCUUAUAGCUAGCAUUUGUAGUAUGAAGUAGAUUCCAUUUGCAAGUUUACAACUCUGUUUACAUUGUUAGUAGAAACGUUAAGGGGACUGACUGUUGAUCAAGAGUGGACUGGAGUCACCUCUGGAGCUAUCCUGAUGUCCCCGAAGAUCUUAGGGGCUUCAAAGUCACUUCUAUGGAUAAACCCAUGGGCCACUCUAUACCUUCCAGAUUCAGUUGUUUUUAGAGGUUAUUACCAAUCAGAAUGUAUGUUUACAUUUCACUUCGAGUCAUCUAUUUAGAAAAGACAAAGCCACAGUAAACAGCUGUCUCACUGUUGUUCCACAGACCUCCACACAGCUGCCCUCCUUCCUUUUACACUUUAUACAGAUGAUAAAUCUUGAACUUUACAGUAUUCUCCACACAGAAACUUGACGUUUUUAUUACACCCUAACUACCCACUCCCCAUUAUUUGUAACACCAGAACUGGGCACGGUUCCUUUUGUUCUCUGUUUUGUCUGCUUUGUGGGACUCCUUCAGCUGCCUGCUGAGCACCUCUUUGUAGCGUUACUUACAGCCAUCACCGUUCAUGUCUUAAAGUCCCCUUGUACUAUGGCAGAUAGAGAAAUCCACUGGUGCUGGGAUAGGAAAAGGCAGCUGGUUAUAAAGGUUAUAAAGGUCUGUACUUGGGGUUAGGCUAGGAGAGGACAACAGUGCCGUGAUCCCCAAGGUUAAAUUCAGGGGGAUUUUAUUUGGUAAAUCAAAUUCCUAUCACCACAGCUCCUUAUUUCCACACGUCAGAAAUACAGGCUAAACAUGAAAUAACUUUAAUAAUAGUUUAAGUGUGUGCAUAGAUGGCAGCUUAUUGAAAAGUUUUUCUUUAUCUUUUGUGACUAACACCCUUAGGUGAUUACGUGCCCUUUCGUUUACUAUGGUUAGAAUCCUCUUUGGGGUAAAUAAUAGAUAAGUCUAAGAUUAAAAAGAGGGAAGACUAUAGAAUCCCAGCUAUCUUUUCUGGUCCCUAGAUCAAUAAAAGCAGUUAGCCUCUCCUUUCCUUGUCUGCUGUUUCUUUAAAGAAAAGGGGGUAUUGCUCAGUUGCAGAGUGUGUGCUUAGCAUUCAUGAGGCCCUGAUUUGGUCCCCAGGACAAUGAAAAACAGAAAGAGAAGAACUGGGGAGUAGGAGGGAAAGGGAAAGAGAGAAAUGAAGGGGAAAACAUGAGACUUCCUGUACUCUCUGCAUUGCAAGGGUGCAGAAAAACAGCAAUCUAAGUUUUAGGGUCUGACAAGAUCUUAAUUUAACCCCUCUCCCCUCCAGCAUUUGACUCUUCCGUACAGUGUCAUUUAGAGAAUUAGAAACUAGGAUUUCAGCUUGUGCUUCAGUAUCUCCCAAGAUAGAUGAUCGCGUUUUUUUUGGACAGCAGAGAGUUUAUGUAAGUCACUCUUGCAUUAAGCUGGGGUGUUUCUCCAAAGCUUAGUUUAUCAAUCUUAAAUGCAGGGAUUGUAAAGAGUUUCUUUGAAUUGGGUGUGGUUGUGCAGAGACAUUUGGGAGUCUGAGGCAGGGGAGCCAGUUGAGGCCAGACUAGAUUACACAGUGAGACCUUGUUUCAAAAAAGAAAGAGAAAGACAUUUCUGGCCUCUACAUCAAAGUUCUUGUUAAAGUUAAAGGCAGUUCUCUUGUGGAGUUAAUCUUACUCUUGACCUUUGAGGGUUGCUGUCUGGGUUAAAGGUGAGUCCAUGGUUUGCCAUCUGUCACCUCUGUAUCCCAGGUACCACCUUGCCUUGUAGAUAACAAUCAGUUUGUUAACUAAAUUACUAAUAGCAGAUGGCAAUAAAUAAACUCUAACUUUUAUAUGGACUCUUGUGUUGAGAUAAAUUUGGCCAGUACUUGCAGGUAGCCAGAAAGCCUGUGCAGAGCCCAGAGGCCAUGCCUUUUCUUUAUUAGUCUUCUGUAGUCCCUGUUUUAUUUAAAGGACCUCAAAUAGGAUGCCUGUAUGGUAAACAUUGAUCUCUCUUGUUAACAUCUGUGAUUUGGUUUAGUUAUCCUUUAUCAUAUCUAAUAAUUAACUAUUUUUACUCCAGAAUGUAUUAUCAAGACUGGUAUAUGUGCUCGUAUGUAUAAACUCAUCUUGGAGUAUGAUGUCAUAAAGGGAAUGUUUGUGUUUAUCUGAAAUACAUUGCUGGUAUCAAUCUGAUACAUUUUUCUUGUGUUCUUUAUGUUAUAAAACCACAAAAACUAUCAAAUUACCAUGAGUUUUGUACAUUAGAUUGACGAGUGGUUGGCAAGGCUUCUCUGUAAAGGGUGACAGUGAGAUGCCAGGCCCUGGAGGCUGUGUGGUCUCAUAGCUGCUCAGCUCUGCCACAGCAUAGUGAAAGUUAAGAAAAGACAAUGGGAGUCUGUGUGGUUGCAUACCAGUCAGACUUUGUUGGACACUGAAGUUUCAUUUCUGUGUAAUUUUUAUGCCACUAAAUAUUUCUCCUACCCAUUUAAAAACAAUCUAUUCUUAGCUCAUGGCCAUAUAAAAACAAAGAUGGAUUGGAAUUUGGCCUGAGGGGACUAGUUUUUUGGAUUCUCUCACAGACCAGAAAGCUGAUUGGUUACUUUGGUUGUUGCUGUUGGUCUGCCUUGGAACUGUUUUGUUUAUGGCUAGAAAUUGGAAUUGGCAUCAAGGCCAUCUUAACUGGAACAUGAAGCACCAUGACACCACGAUGCCUUUGUCUUACUUGUUUUCCAAAGUGCUGUGUUGACUGUGGACUUAAUUGCUAACGAACCUAACCACUUUUUUUGUUUGUUUGAGUUUAAAGGAGCUGUCUCAAUUUUCUCCUGUAAAAUAAAGAAAUAGUAAUUCCUAAAUAUACCUUCUCUUUAACCAGAUUCUAGAAUUAUGUAAUAAGCAUGUGUCUUAGUUAGGGUUUUUAUUGCUGUGAAGAGACACCAUGACCAUGGCAACUCUUUUUUUU